AAAGGCAAGUUUUCUUAUGCAUGCAUGCUAUUGCUAAGCUCAGUUCAGCUGCAUGGUUUGGCUAAUAUUCUAAGUCGCUCUUUGCUUUUGUAUGGAUGGCUGGCUGGAGCCAUGGGAGGUUUCCACUGGAGCACCGGAAAGGAGGAUGAAAAAAUAAAUGGGAUGAGCAUGUGGGCCUACCCAUCUAGCUGCGCGACCUUACUUAGCAUGUAAGAAUACGGCCGCCGGCGACGACGACCCGUCCAUCUCCUCCUUCCCCCUCCCUCGUCCAUCCAAGAAUCAAUGGCCACUCCUCCAGCACACUCCUGCUUGGGCGAGACUCUGCUACUGCUGCUUUACUCCUUCAUGUUCCUCUCCUCCGUCUCACUCGCUCAGAUGCCUGGUUUCGUCAGCAUAGAUUGUGGAGGCACUGCCAAUUACACAGACGAGUUGGGCCUGCGGUGGACCUCCGAUGCCAGCCUGAUCCCCUCCGGCACGCCCAUCUCUCUCAACACCACCUCCUCCUCUGAAAAGCGCACCCAGUACACCACCCUGCGCGCCUUCCCUGCCGAUGACAAGAAGUAUUGCUACACGCUCAACGUCACAAUACGGACACGCUACCUCCUCCGUGCCACAUUCCUAUACUCUGACUUCGACCACAACAGCAACGUGUUUCCGGAGUUUGAUCUCUACCUCGGCGCCACCCGCUGGUCGACCAUCGUCAUCUAUGACGACUCCCGCAUCGUCACCAGGGAGGCCAUUGUGCUGGCUCCCACCAAUACUAUCAGUCUCUGCCUCUCCAACGCCACCACGGGCCAGCCAUUCAUCUCCACGCUCGAGCUCCGACAGCUCAAUGGCUCGCUGUAUUACACUGCUGAUGAGGCCAGCUACUUCCUCAGCCUCGCCGCCAGGAUCAAUUUCGGCGCACCCACCACAGAUCCUGUCAGGUACCCAGAUGAUCCCUAUGACAGGAUAUGGGAGUCAGACAUGGUGAGGAGGGCCAACUACCUGGUGGAUGCCGCUCCUGGUACCAUCAAUGUGUCAACCGACAAGCCAGUCUUCGUCAGCACCAACGAGAGGCCACCUCAAAAGGUGAUGCAAACGGCAGUUGUAGGCUCUCUCGGCGAGCUCACGUAUCGGCUCAACCUGAACGGUUUUCCGGGAAAUGGGUGGGCGUUCUCCUACUUCGCAGAGAUCGAGGAGUUCGUUGUGCCCGAGACGCGCAAGUUCAAGCUCUUCAUCCCUGGCCUGCCCGACGUCAGUAAACCCACGGUCGACAUUGGCGAGAACGCACCAGGGAAGUACCGGCUGUACGAGCCAGGGUACUUCAACGCGUCGCUCCCCUUUGUGCUCUCGUUUGCGUUCAAGAAGACGAAUGAUUCGUCCAAGGGUCCUAUCCUCAAUGCUUUUGAGAUUUACAAGUAUGUUCAGAUUGAGCUUGGGUCGCCGGAUGCACCUGCUAUGGCUAGUCUUGUCUCACGGUACACGUUCUUCGCUGAUUGGGCACGAGAAGGUGGCGAUCCGUGCCAGCCUUCGCCAUGGUCUUGGGUCAAAUGCUCUGCAGAACCACAAUCAAGAGUGGUUUCAAUAAAUCUUUCAGGAAAGAACUUGACGGGGAGCAUACCCCCGGAACUAGCGGCUUUGCCAUGCCUGGCAGAAAUCCGACUUGAUAACAAUAUGCUGACUGGCCCAAUAUCAGACCUCACUGCCUCUUCAAACCUUUCAGUCAUUCAUUUUGAGAACAACCAGCUGACUGGCAGUGUGCCUUCAUAUUUGAGCAGCUUGCCCAAGCUCACUGAGCUGUAUCUUCAGAAUAACAAGCUAUCUGGAGACAUUCCCAAGGCUCUGAUAAGUAGAGGCAUUAUUUUAAACUAUGCAGGCAACAGCCUCCAAGUAGGAAAGCAAGAGAAGCACCACUUAAUAAUCAUUAUAUCUUCUCUGCUUGGAGUAUCCUUGUUACUUGUAGUUUCUCUCUGCUGCUAUGUGCUAACGCGUAAAGCCAUCAAGAAAAACUCACCAGAAGAUGACCUUACAAAGGUUCUGCCUGAACAAAAGUUACAGAAGUCAAGUGCGCUUUCAUGUGAAAUCGCCACCGAGACGGCUCAUCCCUUCAGAUUAUGUGACCUCGAGGCGGCCACCAAGAACUUUGCAAACAGGAUCGGGUCUGGAGGUUUCGGGAUAGUGUAUUAUGGAAAGCUUUUAGAUGGAAGGGAGAUCGCAGUGAAAGUGCCAACAAACGAUUCAUACCAAGGGAAGAAGCAGUUUACAAAUGAGGUAUCCUUACUUUCAAGAAUACACCAUAGGAAUCUGGUAGCAUUUCUAGGAUACUGCCAUGAAGAUGGGAGAAACAUUUUGGUUUAUGAGUUCAUGAUGAAUGGGACUCUGAAAGAGCAUCUUCAUGGGCGAGACAAGCACAUUAGCUGGAUCCAGCGUCUUGAAAUCGCAGAGGAUUCAGCAAAAGGAAUAGAGUACCUUCACAGUGGAUGCACGCCUUCGAUCAUCCACCGGGACAUCAAGACGAGCAACAUCCUGCUGGACAAGCAGAUGCGAGCGAAGGUCUCCGACUUUGGGCUGUCCAAGUUCGUUGCCGACGAGUCCCACGCGUCGACCAAUGUCCGCGGCACACUGGGCUACCUGGAUCCGCAGUACUACACCUCCCAGCAGCUGACGGAGAAGAGCGAUAUCUACAGCUUCGGGAUCAUCCUGCUGGAGCUCAUCUCCGGCCGGCCCCCGAUCUCCACCAUGACCUUCGGGGAGCACUUCCGGAACAUCGGUCCCUGGGCCAAGUUCUACUACGAGAGCGGCGACAUCGAGGCGAUCGUGGACCCGGCGAUCGCCGGGGAGUACCACGACGUGCACUCGAUCUGGAAGAUCGCGGAGACGGCGGUGCGGUGCAUCGACGCGGACGCUAGGCGUCGGCCGUGCAUGGGCGAGGUGGUGAAGGAGGUGCAGGAGGCCAUCGCGCUGGAGAGGCCCCGCAGCGAGGCGGCGUCGGACCGGAGGACGCCGCCGUCGUUCCCGUUCUCGCCGGCGGGGGCGAGGUCGGGCACGGUGCGGUCGCACGACAUGGUCAUGGACAACCUCCUGCACGACGACUCGUCCUUCUCGGAGACCCUCAAGUACCCGGAGCUGCGGUAGCUGGAGUAUGCCACGGGCAGGGUUGCUUUGAACUGUUUUCUGCAUUGGGAAUUGGCUCGAUUUUUGCUCAUCGGCUCCUGAUUUGUUGGAGGAAAUGUCUAUAUGGCGUUGUAAACUAAGAUUCAUAUUUAGACGUUCUUAGCAUCA